AUGGCAGCCACGAUGCAGCAGGAGUUGGAGACCUUGAGGCAAGCUGCCAAUGCUGGUGCUGUUACCGCUGCUACCGUUGGUGCCGCUACUAGCACCGUUCCUGCUACGGGUGCUAUUCCCACUGGUGUUCCUCAGACUGCACUUCCGGAUAAGAUGGAUGUCUUCGAGGUGGCUUAUGGGGAUCGUGUUCGCUAUGGGACACAGUUGCUAAAGGGUGAGGCUCAGAUAUGGUGGAGAGGCAUGCAGACAUCUCAUUCGUCUGCACCUGGAUCUUUGACUUGGCAUGUCUUGGCCAGGGAGUUUGAGAGGAGGUUUUACCCAACCACUUUUCUAGAGAAGAUGAAGAUAGACCUGCAAACUUAUAGGCAGGAUAAGAAGACAGUGGCUGAAUAUGAGGUGGGCUUCAACAAGAUUGUUCGCUCUGUUCCACAUGUGGCCCGUAAUGAGGUAGAGAAGGCAAGCUAG